AUGGAAACUUUAUCGAACUCCGUUUCAAAUCUCAAAAUCUCAUCGCUACCACCAACAACAACAACAAAUCGUGAAUUCCAUCACUUCACAAGAACUCCUCAUGCAAUCCCUAAUCGUCCUCCACAACCAAAACCCCAAAAAAUCACAAAUUUCUCACACAACAAUCAUUCUCUACCAUUCUCUUCUUUAACCACCUCAUCUCACAAAGUCAAACCGUCUUCUCCAAUAUUCCAUCACAAGCCUGCUACUGGAUAUGCUGCUGCAAUCAUAGAUGUAGCUCAAACCACCAAUACACUUCACUUAGUUCAAAGGGAUGUUCACCGACUCUCGAAAUUCUUGCGGAAAUCGAGGCUUCAAUCUGAUGGAGGUAUUGAUGCUUCGGCGGUGAGGAAGGUGGUGGAGCAGGGGAAUUUUCAGCGGCAUGUGGUUGCGUUGGUGAAGAUGUUAAUGAAGAAGAAGAAAUUGGGAAUAGUUGGGGAAGUGUUGGAAGAGUUCGAGAGGAUUUACGAUGAGUUGUGUGGAACUCAAGUUGUGUUGAUUUCAUCAAAAAGAGAGGUUGGAAAAGAUCAAAUGUUUGGGAUUGCAAAAACUGUGCAAAAAAUAAGUGGAGCAAUUAGGGUUAGGGUUAGGAAUUUUGUUCAAGAUUAG